CUGCUGGCUGCUGGGGAGAAGUGCCUUGCGGGGAGAGGGGGGUGAGGGGCUUUUCUGCCUCUCGACAGGGUUUUGGAUUUGGAGUCACAGGAGCCAAUAACUCAGAACCCCAGCACUUUGGAGGUUGCAUCUCUGCGGAGGACGCUGAAGACUCCUUCACCUACUGAACCUUCCAAGUAGAGCAGGGCAAUUUGAUGUUGAUGGUGUGCCAGAAAUUUUCUGACAAUGAGUUACUGGAACUUGAAGAAAAGGAACUGCGUGCAGUACCGCAGGCAUUUUCUGGUGGACAACAGUGUGUUUCAUGUUGAAAGAUGCAUGAGUGUAAUGCAGUCUGGGACACAGAUGAUCAAACUGAAGCGUGGGACCAAAGGGCUCGUCCGGCUCUUUUACCUGGAUGAGCACCGGACUCGCCUCCGAUGGAGACCCUCUAGGAAGAGCGAGAAGGCAAAAAUCCUUAUUGACUCCAUUUACAAAGUCACCGAGGGUCGGCAGUCUGAAAUAUUCCACAGACAGGCUGAGGGGAGCUUUGACCCCAGCUGUUGCUUUACCAUCUACCAUGGUAACCACAUGGAAUCCCUGGACCUCAUCACCUCCAACCCUGAGGAGGCCCGCACCUGGAUCACAGGCCUCAAGUACUUGAUGGCCGGCAUCAGUGAUGAAGAUUCCCUCGCCAAACGGCAGAGGACUCAUGACCAGUGGGUGAAGCAGACCUUUGAGGAAGCUGAUAAGAAUGGUGACGGCUUAUUGAAUAUUGAAGAGAUACACCAAUUGAUGCAUAAACUAAAUGUCAAUCUACCCCGAAGAAAAGUCAGACAAAUGUUUCAGGAAGCUGAUACAGAUGAGAAUCAGGGAACUUUGACAUUUGAAGAGUUCUGUGUUUUUUACAAAAUGAUGUCGUUGAGACGGGACCUUUAUUUGUUGCUCUUGAGCUACAGUGACAAGAAAGAUCACCUAACUGUGGAAGAAUUGGCUCAGUUUUUGAAGGUGGAGCAAAAGAUGAGUAAUGUGACAACAGAUUACUGUCUUGACAUCAUAAGGAAAUUUGAAGUUUCAGAAGAAAAUAAGGCAAAAAAUGUUCUUGGCAUAGAAGGCUUCACGAACUUCAUGCGUAGUCCUGCCUGUGACAUCUUUAACCCGCUGCACCAUGAAGUGUACCAGGACAUGGACCAGCCUCUGUGCAACUACUACAUCGCUUCCUCUCACAACACGUACCUGACUGGGGACCAGCUCCUUUCUCAGUCCAAAGUGGACAUGUAUGCUCGGGUGCUCCAAGAGGGCUGUCGCUGCGUGGAAGUUGACUGUUGGGAUGGCCCAGAUGGAGAGCCGGUCGUACACCACGGUUACACUCUCACUUCAAAAAUUCUCUUCAGAGACGUUGUGGAGACCAUCAACAAGCACGCCUUUGUGAAGAACGAGUUCCCAGUUAUACUGUCCAUUGAAAAUCACUGCAGUGUCCAGCAGCAAAAGAAGAUUGCUCAGUAUCUGAAGGGAAUAUUCCAGGACAAGUUGGACCUGUCAUCUAUAGACACGGGAGAGACCAAGCAGCUUCCAAGCCCUCAAAGUUUGAAAGGCAAAAUCCUCGUGAAGGGUAAGAAAUUGCCUUAUCACCUUGGAGAUGAUGCAGAGGAAGGGGAAGUUUCUGAUGAAGACAGUGCAGAUGAAAUUGAAGAUGAGUGCAAGUUCAAACUCCAUUAUAAUAACGGGACCACUGAACAUCAGGUGGAAUCUUUCAUAAAGAAAAAACUGGAGUCACUGUUAAAAGAAUCUCAAAUUCGGGACAAAGAAGACCCUGAUACUUUCACGGUGAGGGCACUGCUGAAGGCCACGCACGAAGGCUUAAAUGUACACCUGAAGCAGCAUUCAGAUGUGAAGGAGAGUGGAAAGAAAUCACAUGGGCGAUCCCUCAUGACCAAUUUCGGAAAACAUAAGAAAACCACAAAAUCGCAGUGUAAAUCCUACAGCACUGAUGAUGAGGAGGACGCACAGCAGAAUCCUGGCAAGGAGAUCAGCCCGCUGUACCGAUUGGGUCGACGAAGGAAAACCAUGAAGCUCUGCCGAGAGCUCUCAGAUUUGGUGGUGUAUACAAACUCCGUGGCAGCCCAGGACAUUGUGGAUGAUGGAACCACAGGAAAUGUGUUAUCAUUCAGUGAAACAAGAGCACAUCAGGUGGCUCAGCAGAAGUCAGAGCAGUUCAUGAUUUAUAACCAAAAGCAACUCACGAGGAUUUACCCCUCCGCCUACCGCAUUGAUUCUAGUAACUUCAACCCUCUGCCCUACUGGAACGCAGGUUGCCAGCUAGUGGCACUGAACUACCAGUCUGAAGGGCGAAUGAUGCAAUUAAAUCGAGCCAAAUUCAAGACAAAUGGCAAUUGUGGCUAUGUCCUCAAACCUCAGCAAAUGUGCAAAGGUACUUUCAACCCUCUCUCUGGUGAUCCACUUCCUGCCAACCCCAAAAAGCAGCUCAUCCUGAAAGUUAUCAGUGGACAACAACUCCCCAAACCUCCAGACUCCAUGUUUGGAGACCGAGGAGAGAUCAUUGAUCCUUUUGUUGAAGUUGAAAUUAUUGGAUUGCCAGUAGAUUGUUGUAAAGAUCAAACCCGUGUGGUGGAUGACAAUGGAUUUAACCCUGUGUGGGAAGAAACCCUGACAUUUACAGUACACAUGCCAGAAAUAGCUUUGGUUCGGUUCCUCGUGUGGGAUCAUGAUCCUAUUGGACGAGACUUUGUUGGGCAAAGAACUGUGACCUUCAGCAGCUUAGUACCUGGCUACCGGCAUGUCUAUUUGGAAGGAUUGACAGAAGCAUCCAUAUUUGUCCACAUAACAAUCAAUGAAAUCUACGGAAAGUGGAGUCCUUUAAUACUCAACCCCAGUUAUACUAUAUUGCACUUUCUAGGAGCUACAAAGAACAGACAGCUCCAAGGUCUGAAGGGACUGUUCAACAAGAAUCCCAGGCACAGUUCCUCAGAAAACAGUUCCCAUUAUGUUCGGAAGCGAUCAAUUGGAGAUAGAAUUCUGCGGCGCACAGCUAGCGCUCCAGCCAAAGGCAGAAAGAAGAACAAAAUGGGCCUCCAGGAAAUGGUAGAGAUAAAGGAUUCUGUGUCUGAGCCUGCCAGGGAUCAAGACGGUGUUCUGAGGAGGACCACACGGAGUCUGCAAGUGCGCCCAAUCUCUAUGCCUGUUGACAAAAGUUUUUUCGGGGCUUUGUCACUGCCUGUAUCCGAAACAGGAAAAGACACUGAAGGAAAAGAAAACUCUCUGGUACAAAUCUGAAUAGGAAACAACUUAAGCAGACGUUAAGGAUGGCAGCAGGAAAGGGAAGGCAAGUAUGAAAGACCAACAUUUUCCAAAUUUCAACAAAAAGUUAUCCUCUUCCUCCAGCGCUCUCCUCAACAAAGACAUCAGCCAAGGGCACUCUGCUGUUUCUACUGCUAACAUGUCAAUCACAGAACAGGUGGAAGUGCCAGGUCCUACAGGUGGGAGAACCAAAUCAAAUGUGUCAGGUGACUGCCAGGAAGACCACUGCCCCAAUAAAUCCCUCUCCCCAAAGCAUUUGGCUCUUAAUCCUGCAGUUAACCCAACACAAGAUCUGUGUGGUGUGCAAACCAAGGAAAAUGGGAAUGCUGGCGGCUUUGCUGAAGGAAAAAGCACAUUGUCUGGAAGCAUCUUUUCUCAAAGCAACCUGGAGAUUAAGAGCUUGGAAGGUAAUUGGGGUAAAGGCAGACCUGCAACCUCCUUUUCUUUGUCAGACGUCUCUAUACUCUGUUCUGACGUACCUGAGUUACAGUCUACAGCGAUUCUGCAGGAGAGUGAAAUUUCUCAUCUUAUUGACAAUGUCACUUUAACAAAUGAGAAUGAGGCGGGUAGUUCCAUCUCAGCACUGAUUGGCCAGUUUGGUGAUACCAGCGAUCAGGCUAACCUCACAGUUGCUUCUCAUCUUCAUAGCACCAGUGUGAUGUCAGGCCAUCCUCUCUUACCCACUAUGAACAUGAAAAUGCCCUCCAAGCAUGGCUUUUCCAGGGGAAACCCCAAGUCAUCCUUACUGUGCUCGUCUCCUGAGCCAAUUGCAUUCUCUAGUCCUGAGGCCUCUGAACGCUCAACGCACACAGUCGUUUGUGAGACUGCCUGCACUCCUACUGUCUCUAAAACCAAACCAGAUGAUGACCUUUCUGGGAAGGCCAAGACAGGGGCCAUGGAAAGUAACCUGCCUCUUUCCUUUAAUACGUCUCACUACCCGUUAUCAAAAAGUCCCACCAAUGGGAAAGACUGGGAAAUACUGAGGAACCGCAGCCCUGCCUCUUCCACUGACUUGACACUGGGAGACGUCAUAGCUGAUCCCACUCUUGGUUUAAAUUCUGGGGAGAGCAGUCUCGUGGAAAUGGAUGGAGACUCAGAAAAUCUGUCUAUAACAACGUGUGAAUAUAGGAGAGAAGACCCAAGUCACCUCGCUUCUCCUUUAAAGCUGAAGUACAGUCAGGAUGUGGUGCAACAUGUUCAAAGAGGCUUGAGAAACGGCUACUGUAAAGAGACUCUCCACCCUUCUGUAUCUGAAAUAUUCAACAAUAUCCAAGAUGUCAAAAAUCAAAGUAUUUCUUGUCUAACCUAUCAGGGUGCUGGUUUUAUGCAUAAGCACUUCUCAAAUUCAGAUGCAAAAAUGAACCAGACCUGUGAGCUCCCAUCUGGUGCUCAAGACUUGCAUGCCCCUGCAUCCAACCCGUCCCGGCACCCUCCUCUGCCUGUUCUGAAACUGCCCAGUCCUUGCAAGUCCAAAAGUCUGGGAGACUUAACAUCAGAGGACAUCGCCUGCAAUUUUGAAAGCAAGUACCAGUGUAUCAGUAAGAGUUUCGUUACCACUGGCAUCAGAGACAGGAAGGCUGUACCUACGAAGACAAAGUCCAUAGAGCCGACAGAUGCCCUGACUGAGCAGCUGCGGAAGCUCGUGUCCUUUGACCAGGAAGAUGGCUGCCAAAUGCUGUAUUCGAAGCAGGAUGCCAGUCAAUUCCCCAGGGCAUUGGUCAGGAAGUUGUCAUCCAGAAGUCAGAGCAGAGUGCGCAACAUUGCCAGUCGUGCCAAGGAAAAGCAGGAAGCCAACAAGCAGAAAGGUGUGAACCCCAGCAAUGUGGGAGGAGUGAUUCUUCGAAACAAACCCUCCGGGCCCACGCCCGUGGGGAACCGGCACUCCACUGGCUCCUACAUAGCGGGCUACCUGAGGAGCGCCAAAGGCGGCGGCGUGGAGGGCCGAGGCAUCCCCGAGGGCGCGUGCACGGCCCUGCGCGCCGGCCACGCCGACCACUUCUGUUCGGAUAAUUCUGCUUUGCAGACAGAGCCAAGCAGUGAUGAUAAACCGGAAAUUUAUUUUCUUCUGAGACUGUGAAUUCCAUAAAGCUGCAUUUCCCAUGUUUACAAGGUAGUCUGUAGAAUUGUCAGAGUUUUCAGUAAAAAUGGUCCAUGGCUUUGAAAUGAUUUGAAAAUGUAUUUUUAAACUUGUAUUUUGGGCUCCCUUUGACUCCAUGUGUUCUUCCCGUUUAUGCAUUUGUAUAGAGAUUCGGGUCACAUUUCCCACGUACCUAGGAUCUUUCUUCCCUGUAAACUCUCCCGGUAUGAAAUGUGUGCAUGUCCUACGUGUGAAACUUCUCAGCAGCCUGGGGUAUAACAUCUGUAUGCUUCACCUAGAUGUCCUUUACUCUGUGUCCUCAGAUCACAGUCACAAACAUAGGUAUUUUUACUCUCUAACUCGUGAAUUAAUCAAGAUAACUUUGCAAAGGACAAAGGGAUGAAUUCUUUAUUUUGAAGCCAUGGUCAUCUUUCCUCUUUUUCCCUUUGUUGAGAAGUCCCAAUGCAUUUUUAUAACUCAGUUAAAAGAAGAUUUAAGUAAUUAACUUUACCUUUUAAGAUUUCUUUACCCCACCCAGAAUGGGAGUUCAAAAGAGAUUGGUACCCGCUUCCCCCAGACCGUCUCAUUUUUAGAGUAAGCUGUGAGCGUAUGAGGAAUAAAGCAAACUUCUGUAUAUAAGGACACAAUUGUUUGUUUUACAUAAAUUUUGUUACAUAUUUUUGCUAAUGGCUUUCUAUGUAACCCAGCACAGUUGCCAAGCUAUUUGUUGUGCUUUCGCAUUUUCUGAUUAAUUUAUAGACUGCAAAUAAUGGCUUUCAGAAUGAGGGACUUUCAUCAGACACUAACAAUAAUAAUAGCAGAAAUGGAAAACUUCCCCUCAAACUUUCAAGAAAAAAACCCACAACAACACCUUUCUUAUAAUAAAAUCCAAGUGAAUAGUCAAUUAGAAGAAACCUUUUUCCUUCAGGGAGCCAAGUAACUAUAUUUUAGUACCAACAUACAUUAUUUUCACAGUGAAUCCAUUUUUUUUAUCGCAUGUUCUGAUGUCCCUCUGCUUUUUGUAACAUUGACUGCAAUGAUGUUCUUGGAAUUCAUGAAAAUAUAAUUAAAACAGAUUUUUAAAC